AUGGAGCCGUCGUCCAUAUGGCCGCUCAGCGUCCUGCUGCGCACCAAGGACCAAUUCGCCCUCUUCUUCGUCUCGUCAUUCGCCGCGAAGCUGUUGCACCUCUACAGCCACCGCUCGUCGCUGCCCAUCCUACUAUUCCUACUGUACACGCCGACUUUCCUGCUUCCAGACGUCCUGCUCAUUCUUUUCGGCCGCCUGGUUGUCUACCGCCCCAACAGAGGCCGCAUAUGGAGAAUCUUCGGAGGCCUUCUCGCCCUCCUCACGGCGUCGACGUCGGCGUCGCAGAUUUCCUUCUACCUGACCACUGGUGGUGAGGUGCAGUGGAUGGCGGCCGGCAACCUUGCAACUGACCCGGCGGGGCUGGCGAUGCUGCUGUCGGAGCUGCCCAAGUUUGCCUUCAUCAUCCUGGGCUUCUCCAGCGUGGCGUGGCUGGUGGCUCCGCGCUUCUACGCUGCCAUCAGCCGGGUUCUGGUCGAAAUUGGUCUUUCGUUCCGGCAGAUGCAUCGUUACCUCAGAGGGCAGUCGCAGCUCAGCGGAUACGAGCAGCUGGACGGCCCGUGCGCCGACCAUGUGGAGCCGAGCAAGUCCGACCGCCAGCAGAUCCCUUCGCUGCCCAGGAGCGCAACCGUCUCCGUCGCAGCAAUCGCCGCUGCCGUCACCGUGCUGAUCCUGCAAUGCGUCCGCCCGCGCAGCGCCCCAUACGCCCACAUGUCUGGCUCGCUGCCCGUGACCCUGGCUGAGUCGCUGUUCUUCAAUCCCAUCAACGCCGAUUUCUGCUUGCCGCAUCCCACCCACCGCGUCGAUUUUCCCUUUGAGCAGUACGCCAAGGUUCUUGGCCACGCCCCGCCCGCGGACUGGAAGCCGCCCUCCGACGAGUGUCGCCGACGUCACCACCACCGUCCGCCUCCGCCUCCGCCUCCGCCGCACGGCCCACCACCGCCUGGAUAUCCUCCUCCGCCGCCGCCUCCUCCGGAUGACUUUGAAGAUGAUUGGUUCUGGGACGAGGAGGGCGGUCCUCCUCCGCCGCCACCACCGCCCCCGCCGCCGCCUCCCCACGGUGGACGUCACGGCCAUUACGAUCCAUCCUGUGACCCGAUGAAGCUGUCCAAUCUGGACGAGGGCCUGUUCGAUCCUCUCACCACCGCUCUGAAGCAGAACAAGCCGACUAUCAAGAAUGUGCUUCUCGUCACGCUGGAAAGCACGCGCAAGGACAUGUUUCCGUUCAAAAAGGGCACCCACGCCUACGACACCAUCCUUUCUUCCUACGGCUCCCCCGAUGCCGCUGAGACGCUGGACGAGAAACUGCGGAAUCUUACCACCACAGCCUCUUUCUUGACCGGCGAGUCUACUAGGUUUGAGGAGGAUACGGCGUUCAAUGGGACCGGCCAUCUGGGAGCUUGGGCGUCGGAGUUUGCUGGAUCCAAGGGCGGAAUCAAUGUGCAGGGAGCUGUCACCGGCAGCGCCUACACGCUGAAGAGCUUGAUCACCAGUCUUUGCGGCAUGGAACCGCUGCCGGUCGAUUUCACUGACGAAGUGAGGGCUCACAUGUACCAGCCGUGCUUGCCUCAGAUCCUGAGCAUGCUCAACAAGGCCGAGCAGGCCAAGGGUAAGAAGGAAGAUGGUUUCCUCUCGUGGCCGUGGGAUACGGCCCAUGUGCAGUCUGUUACGGACCAGUUCGAUUCUCAGUACAUACUGGAUGACCAGAUGGGAUUCCGCACUUUCGUGACGGACGACACGCUGGAUGAUCCGGCAUCGGGACACUACCCGCCCAAGGAACCGCGCAACAACUACUUUGGCUACCCGGAGACGGAGACCCUGCCGUACAUGCGCGACCUGUUCGCCAACGCCAAGCGCGACAACCGCCGCCUGUUUGUCUCGCACAUGACCAGCACGACGCACCACCCGUUCGCGGUGCCGGCGGCCUGGCCGGGCAAAGAGACGUACAUGGCUAAGCGCCGCUUUGCGCCCGAGGCCGACGAGUUCGAGUCGUACCUCAACACGAUCAAGUGGCAGGACGGCUACCUGGACUCGCUGCUCAGCAUGCUGCACGCCGAGGGCGCACUGAACGAGACGCUGGUCGUCAUGGUCGGCGACCACGGCCUGGCCUUCAAGGCGUCGGACGACUGCAAGUCCAACUUCGAAAACGGCCACAUCGCAAACUUCGGCAUUCCCAUGCUCUUCCUGCACCCGGACCUGCCCCGCGUCCAGCUCGACGUCGCCGACGCCGCCACCCCGACGUCCAUCAUCCCCACCGUCCUCGACCUGCUCCUGCAGACGGACAGCCUGAGCGACGCGAGCAGCGAGGUCGCCAAGGGCUUGCUGCCGCGCUACCAGGGGCACUCGAUGAUUCGCGAGCAGCGGUGGAGCGUGCCGGUGCUGAACCACACUUCAUCUUCCUCUCUAUCCCACCACGACGACCGCUACCACGACCCCUACGACUUCCACCACCCCCACGACGCUCCCAACGCCAUCAUCGACGCCUCCUUCCCCACCACCAACGCCUCAGCCAACACCCACCCCUUCCACUUCUCCACCAUCAACCCAGGCGGCUCCCUCCUCGCCAUCUCGCAAUCCCACUCCCCCUACCGCCUCGUCUUCCCGCUGUGCUCGACCCUGCCCCUCCGCUUCACCGACCUCUCGUCGUCGCCCAACGAGCAGACGGUCGCGCCGCUCAUCGCGUGGAAUGUCGACGCCAUGGUCAAGGCGGUGCGGGCGCGGCAUGGGGAUGACGCGGCGGCCUGGGCGGACCUGGCGCGCAGACUGGGGGAGUGGUGGUUUUGGGAGCAGAGGCGGAGGUGGGGGUAUCAUUUGCCGGCGCGCAGCACGGAUAGGGGCGUUGUGGAUGGGUAUGCUGUGGGUCAGAUUCGGAAGAAGCAUUGGUGGGAGACGUGA